GGCAGAGAUUGGUGGGACUUUUUUAAUGAUAAAAUUAAGUUCUGGAAAGAAUAUAGAGAAAAAGGCUACCAUCUUAAGCUGUGACAGAUGAUUCUUGACCAGAAUCAGAUCUCCAUCUCACUUCCCAGUAACUAGCUUCAAAUCACACAGCUAUGAGCAUACAUCCUCUUUCUCCCAGCUUCCUUUUAUCUAUAGUUUUUUCUCAUUAGACUACAAGUUCCCUGAGGGGAUAGUUUUUUUUUUUUUUUUCUUGUUUAGUAUAGUGUCUAGCACACGGUAAGCACACAAAUGUUUUAUUUAUCAUUAUUUAUUUAUUGGUAGAGAAAAUCUUGUUGAAAAUCAAAGUAUUCAUACCUACUGGUCUACUAGAACUAUAUCAUAUGGGUAUUAUUGUUAGGGGUCAAAGAGUUAUUAUUUUUAAAGAACUAGGAGUUGAAGAUAGAAAUUCAAUAUAUAAUUCUGCCAGGUUGAAGUCCUGAUGGAGGAGUCAAGAAGGAGGCUUGAUUAUGAAACCACUGGCACGUUUUCUAACCUCGAAAAUGAAAAAUGAAGUUAAAAGAACAUGUUGGUCUCCAGAAAGGAAGUAUACUAGUAAGAUAAUUCAAUUUCAGUAGUGACCUAUGGGAAACACCUGUUGUUUUCCCACUUGUAUCAGCUACCUGUCUUUUUUGGAAACUGGCAAGAGCUAUCAAUCUCAAAUAGUAGCUACUAAUCUUCAUAUAACUAAACAGUUAUAAAACUUGAGUAUAAAAACAUGAGAGCCUCCCAGGUAGAUGAGCCACUUACAAGAAUGGAGGCAGUAAGGAGGCUCGUUUUUUUGGCCCUUUUAAUUUCAUCAUGUUUGGCAGAAAAGAAUUUGAUGGAGCCUCAAGGCAAAUCCAGUUGUGGAGGCCACCUAGGAGAGAUCCAAAAGGCUCUGAUCCUGAACCUCAAUGCCAAUGAAAACUGCACCUGGACAAUAGAAAGAUCAGAAAACAAAACUAUCAGACUCAUCUUUUCCCACUUUCAACUUGAUCCAGGUGCAAAAUGUGAAGUUGAAAAUAUUCAAAUUUAUGAUGGUGCCUCCACUGAGAUGCCUCUCCUUGGGAAAAUCUGCAGCAAAGUAGACUACGUUCCAGUAUUUGAAUCAUCAUCUAAUAGCCUGACAUUUCAGAUAUCCACCAGCUCUUCAGAAGUUCAAAGAAGUGCCUUUGUUUUCUAUUACUACUUUUCAUCGGAAAAGAGGAUUGAUAACUGCGGAGGCUAUCUUGAUGCUUUUGGGGGCUCCUUUACCAGUCCUAAUUACCCAAAGCCUCACCCAGAAUUUGCUUAUUGUGUAUGGCACAUACAAGUGGAUAAGGGCUACAAAAUAAAUCUAAACUUCAAAGAGAUUUUCUUAGAAAUAGAUGACAAUUGCAGAUUUGAUUUUAUUGCUGUCUAUGAUGGUCCCUCCACAAACUCUGGCUUACUUGCACAAGUAUGUGGCCGGAUUGCACCCACCUUUCAAUCUUCUUCAAAUACUCUGACGGUUGUGCUCUCUACGGAUUACGCCAAUUCCUACAGAGGCUUCUCUGCUUCUUAUACUCCAAUUUAUGAAAAAGAAGUCAACACAUCCCUGAGUUGCUCUUCUGACCAAAUGACAGCUAUCAUAAGUAAAUCUUAUCUGGAGUCGCUUCACUACAAUGAGAAUAACUUACAACUGAAUGAUCCACUCUGCAGACCAAGAGUAUCAAAUGUUUUGGAAUUUUCUAUCCCUCUAAAUGAAUGUGGUACAAUUAAACAGGUCAAAGAUCAUACCAUUACUUACACAAACAUCAUCACCAUUACUAACUCUUCCAGUUCUGCAGUGAUCACUCGUCAGAAACAUUUGCAAAUUAUUCUGAAAUGUGAAAUGGAAAACAAUUCCACCGUAGAAAUAAUGUAUAUAACAGAAGAUGAUAUAAUUAAAAAUAUAACUGCCUUGGGGAAAUAUAAUAUAAGUAUGGCUUUUUAUGAGUCAGAAUCUUUCAACAAACCUUUACUUAGUUCACCAUACUAUGUGGAUCUGAACCAAACACUCUUUGUUCAAGUCACUCUUCAUGUGCUAGAUCCAAAUCUAGUGGUGUUCCUUGAUACCUGUACAGCAUCACCCACAUCUGACUUGGCCCCACCAACGUAUGACCUAAUCAAGAGUGGAUGUAGUAAAGAUGACACUUGUAAGAUUUAUCCCCUAUCUGGGCACUAUGGAAGAUUUCAAUUCAGUGCUUUUAAGUUCUUGAGAAAGCUUGGAUCUGUUUACCUCCAAUGUAAAGUUUUGAUUUGUGAAAGCAAUGACACACAAUCUCGAUGUAAUCAAGGUUGUGUCUCCAGAAGAAAACGAGAUAUUUCUUCAUAUAAAUGGAAAACAGAAUCAGUCAUUGGUCCUAUUCGUCUGAAAACACAUCAUAUUGCAAGCAGCAAUUCAGAAUUUCAGAAUCAAGUCCAUCCAGAAGAAAGUCAGCAGGCGCAGCCUUUCAGCAGUUUACAGAUACUUUCCUUUAUGGUUCUGGCUCUGAAUGUGGUGAUUGUGGCAGCAAUGCUAGUGAGACAUUUCGGAAAUCAUGGAACAGAAUGCAAAUACCAGAAGCUACAGAGCUACUAACAGAAGUACCUCAAGUGAAAAAUAUUUUCCCAAAACAUCUAAUAA